UGGGUUUUUUGUGUCUGCGACGAUUACUUUCUCAUCCUCUCCUCCAACACCUCCUCAAAGGGCGAGCCAACGCAAGGAACCCUUUCCACGGCCUCGGAACUCAAAUUCUCCUCGACCUCCUCCAUCUUCCUUGCCCUGAGCCGUUACGCAUUCUAUACCAACCUCGAUCUUCCAUCAAACCCAUCGUUUUCUAUUCGCGUUGAGAUACCCCAUAUCGCGGUUUCUUUCAAGUGAAUAAAAUGGCCGAACCAAAUGCUGCUUGGCCUAUCGCCGAUGAGGCUUUGUCGCAGAAGAUUCUGGACAUCACUCAACAAGCAAGUCAUUACCGACAGCUGAAAAAAGGCGCCAACGAGGCUACCAAGACGCUAAAUCGAGGCACCUCUGAGAUCGUUGUGCUCGCUGCUGACACUAGCCCUUUGGCAAUCUUGUUGCACAUUCCCCUCUUGUGCGAGGACAAGAACGUACCCUACGUCUAUGUGCCAAGCAAGGCUGCUCUCGGCCGUGCGUGUGGUGUGUCACGCCCGGUAAUCGCAGCCAGUAUCACCACGAACGAAUCGAGCGACCUGACCCCCCAGAUUCGAGAACUCAAGAACCGUGUUGAGCGUCUGAUGAUCUAGGUAGUGGAACAGUUGGUGGCCUACAGACACUUGCUAUGUGCUACGCAUGAUGUAUAAUAGUCCACAAUCCCGGUGCUAUGAUACGGACCAGGUUCGGGGAAGCCCCAGCCGCUAGUUGAGUGGAGCGUGGCGAAACUCUUGAAUAGGGCAAGAACUUUAUGCUACAUAGAUGGCAAUAACAAAUGGGCUUCGAGCUCUGUGAAGCAUGUUGGUCCCUUCUCUUUCAUCUCUUUUAAAACCCCUAAGAGAUCCACUCAAAGGCUGCGCCAUGAGACAUGAUUCUUCACGACAAUCCGACCCUAAGACCGUCCUUCGCAAACAUGGCUCAAGCGUAUUGACUGGCA